GGAAUCGACCAUGGCCAGGCGGUCCUACUGUAGUGUGCUACCUAAGGACCGAAAGUUUUGAUCAUACAUGUCGGAGGCGAUUAAACUUCAAACGUUUGGUAAAACCGCGGAGGUAUCAAGCAUAAACAAACAUCCCUUUAAUGUAAUUUGCUCGUUAUAUUCAUCAAUGAGGACAGGCAUUCUAAAUAUAGUUAGGUAUUGUUAUCUGACUCUCCCACGCGCCUAUAAAACUGUCUUUAUCUAACCUCACACAUAGACCUGGUCAUGUUGACAUUACUUCUCGGUUGUCUUUGCUUUCUGGGGGAGAUAUUAGAUUCCUCCUCCUCAUUACAAACUAAAGCAUCUCCACAUUUUCUUCCUGGGACUCCAUUGGGUCACGUGAAUGCUCUUGACGAGACUUCCGGUUUAUGCGCGAGCAGAAUACACCAAAAUAUCCUGUAUGCGCACAAUGACAAGGGAUACGGGCCAAAAAUAUAUGCCAUCAGCGCCCUUAAUGGGGAAUUAAAAAAAAUAAUAAGCAUCCAUGGCGCUCACAACUACGACUGGGAGGAUGUGGCCUGUGGUCCUUGUGAUGAAAAUGGAGGACAUUGCAUUUACAUCGGAGAUACAGGGGACCACGCCGGAGACGGUGCACGUAAUAUCAUUUACAAAGUGCGGGAACCAGCCACAUUGAAUUCACAUGGAGAUUUGAGGGUAGAUGUCGAGGCACAGAUUCGUUUUGUUUGGAGCCCUCAUCAACAAGACAGCGAGACCUUAAUGGUGGACCCACAACGUAACCUUUAUCUUAUCUCAAAAGUAGCAGAUGGUCAAGGCCGAGUUGGCAUGAUUCAUAGUUCUGCUUGGAAUCAUUCAUCAUUACCAAUGGUAUCGGACCUCAUCAUCCUUCCGCUCUCGACCGGAAGUGAUGACCCCACAGGCGGGGACAUCUCCCCCGACGGUCAGGAGAUUUUAAUACAGGCCCAUCAUCAAAUUUUCUACUGGCAAAAAGAUGACAGGACAAGCGUCAAAGAGACGCUUAUUCAAAGUCCGAUAGGUGUUUCGUUCCACCACGAGAAAGAUGCGGAAGCCGUGGCGUGGGACGCGGACGGGAGAGGUUAUUACACCGUUUCCGAGGGACACCACGAGACUCUGUAUUACUACACCAGACAAUGACCACUACAUCACUACCGUCUUAUAUUUAUCAUUCCGCGGAGAAUAGCGAGAAUUAGUGUAAACAAACACGAAAAUAUAUAUAAUUUAACAAUUACGACA